AUGGAGGUGUUCACUAAAAAACGCGAUGAAAACCUGGACGAACCGCCGGUGAUUCCAGUCAAGCCAACUACUGGCUCAGCUCCCCGUCAACCGCCACUCCUGGAAAACUCGUCAGACUAUACAGUGUGGAAGUUCAAAGUCACAGCAUAUCUUCGUAAAGUUCCAGCUUCGGAACAAUUCGAUUAUCUGGUGUCCUACCUCAGAGACGAAGCUACCAAGAGAGCUAUGGUCAACGGGUUUGCGGCGGACAAUACUCUCGCUCAGAACUGGAAGAUUCUCGACGGUUGUUUUUCGACGCAGGUGGAUCCCCAACAAGCAGCCAUCCGAUUUUUGUCACGACAUCAAACACCCGGCGAGAAUCCAAUGGAUUAUUUUAAUUCUUUGCAAAAGAUGGCUGUGCAAGCGUUCCCUUGUCUUGAUGCCACUGGAAGAGAUGAAUUGAUCAAGUCUCGGUUCGUGGAAGGGUUACUAUCCAGUUCCUUAAAGGAACACUUCCUACUGAACCCUCCAACAGAUAUAAAUUCCUUAAAAAAAACUACAUUCCGGUUCAUGGCAGCCUAG